AUGAAAGCCUGGAUAUUGCUACUCGUCCUGACGAGAUGCUCCUGGGGAUUGAUCAGUGCUGACAACACAUUCUCGGAUCGAACAAUCGGCGAAUUCCGCGAGCUACUCAUCAACACUAAAGACGGCGCACUUUUUGCCGGCUCCGAAGGCGCCAUCUUCCGUCUAUGGGCUUAUAAUAUCAACGAUACGGGAGAGAAUGUGUUCUCGAAGAAACAAUUGAUUCUAAGCGAGACGGAAGAAUCAGAGUGUUGUUCGACGGCAAGUGAUGAGAAAUUAUGCAGGCCCUCCACAAGAUUUUUGGCGUUUACCAAUAAUAAGGACUCGAUUUAUGUGUGCUCUUCGGUUGGAAUGCGACCAGAGAUUCGAGUUUUGGAUUCGAUUUCGUUGCAAGACCAACAAGAGCCAAGAACGGAAAUCGGGAUUUGUGUAGUUGAUCCGACAUUCAAUUCCACUGCUGUGGUUGUGGACAACGGGAAUCCAGAAGACGCGUCAUCCGUCUACUCGGGAAUCCGAACUGGAAUGGGAGGGGAGAAUCAUUUGAUCUACCGCCCGCCACUAACCAAAAACGGAAAACAACUGCAUGCAUCGAUUCGUACGAUCUACUCGGAUAACAAAUGGCUCAAUGAGCCCCAGUUCGUUGGCUCAUUUGACGUUGGACAACAUGUGCUAUUCUUCUUCCGAGAGAUUGCUCAUGAUAAUUCGUUUGGCGAACGAAUCAUACAUUCUCGAGUGGCACGCGUUUGUAAGAAGGAUAUUGGAGGAAGAAAUGUGUUGAGACAAGUUUGGACAAGUUUUGUGAAGGCUAGACUCAAUUGCUCAGUCUCUGCAAAUUUCCCGUUUUAUUUCGAUCAUAUUCAAUCCGUUAAACGAGUCGACAAGCACGGUGAAACCUUCUUCUACGCGACAUUCAGUACAUCAGAGACCGCAUUCACAUCGUCAGCUAUUUGCAUGUUCCAGUUGUCUUCAAUUAAUCACCUCCUUGACACCGGUCUAUUGAUGGAGGAAACCGCGAAUGGACAGUUUGCAGUGACAGCCGAUGAGAUUCCAGCGCAUCGUCCAGGAACGUGUUCCUCAAACUCGCACUCCAUCUCUGACACUGACCUCCACUUCGCCAAAACUCAUCUCCUGGUAUCCGAUUCAAUCUCAGGGGGUACUCCGAUUCUUCCACUUCGGGACCACGUCUACACACAAAUUCUUGUCGAUCAACUGAAUAAUCAAAAUGUGAUAUUUGCAUUCGAUUCGUCUCAACAGAAAAUGUGGAAAAUUUCGCAUUGGAAAGAGGGAAACGAGUGGAAAUGGAAUUUAAUAGAGACGCAGACUCUGAAGACGUCAGGAUUCAGAAUCAACGAUGUUGCAUUGCUGCCUGGAGAGUUCUUCUUCGCCACGUCGAAAGCAGGUGUACAUCAGUUUUCGGUCGCCCGCUGCCAGGAACUUCCAUCUUGUGCUCUUUGUUCAAUGGACCCAUACUGUAGCUGGAAUGCUGUCAACUCGAAAUGCGCUCUAAAAACGAAAACGAAUGAGAAAUCAGUCGGAUGGAUUUCAAGCUCAUGGGCCGGCAGAAUUAGUCCCGAGUGUAGUGCAGUAGAGAAAUUACAGGUCAAAGACGUCUAUCUCGGCGACGGUUUCAAAAUUCAAGGCGCGCGAGGUGGAACGUGGCAAAAAGAUGGGCGGGACUUAGAAGAGAGCCAACGCCACGUGGCAACGAGCCAAGGAGAAUUGGUGAUUCUGAAUGUUGACGUCGAAGAUGCGGGAACCUAUGAGUGCACGAGAAACGGGGUUAUUCUCAUGAGAGCUCGGGUCGUUGUACAUGAAAAUUGCGCUCGCCCAACCAGCGUCGCCGAGUACCGCUCAUGCCAACGGGAAUGGUGCAAAAAGGCCGACGCCUACAAGGCGGCACUCAAUAUUUGGAGUGAUUCCAACAAGAAAAAUGUGCAAUGCAAGGCAAACGGUCCCAGUAUCAAUGGUCUUUGA